AUGCUCAAGAUCUGGACCAUGAAACAACAGCAGGAAAAGGCUGAAAAUGCUGAAGCCGCAGCAGCAGGGGAUAUGGCAGACCUGACACUCCCCGAUACGAUGCGAAUGGACUUUGCGGACCCUGACGACAUGCUCAAUUUCACUCUUAUCAUCGAGCCCGACGAGGGCAUGUAUACUGGCGGCGCUUUCAACUUCAGCUUUGCUAUCAAUCAGAACUUUCCUCAUGACCCGCCUAAGGUUAAAUGCUUGCAGAAGAUUUAUCAUCCUAAUAUCGAUCUGGACGGGAAUGUUUGCCUUAACAUCUUGCGCGAGGACUGGAAGCCUGUGUUGAAUUUGAAUGCCGUUGUUGUCGGGAUGCAGUUUCUUUUCUUAGAACCGAACGCCUCUGAUCCACUCAAUAAGGACGCUGCUAAGGAACUUCGCGAAACUCGUGACCUCUUCAAGCGCAAUGUGCGGUUGGCAAUGGCUGGCCAGACUGUUCACCGGGUUUCUUAUGACCGCGUGCUAAAAUAG